AUGGCGAGAAUUGUAGCGAUCUCCGUGAUAACUCUAGCCUGCUGCCUCGGAACAGACGCCGCUCGCCGAUGCGGGCAGGGUGGCACGGCGACUACAUUUAACUGGCGCAUCGGUGAUGGGCGAUACGACGGGCCCGAUCCAGCAAAGAAGGACGGCUUGUCGACGAUAGCUUUCAGCAUCACCCCGAGUUAUGCAUUAUUUGAAUGCGUCGCCCAAUGGCCGGAAGCGUGGGCGGGCUGGUAUGAAGGUGGUCAGGAGAUCAUCUGGAGCGACUGUAUUUGGACCGGCAAUGCCGGUACAACUGACACGACAAUAUCCUUUGCCCUGGAUUGGAAGAAGCAAAUGAUGUAUGUCUCGCAUACAUAUGCCUGCUCGGACAAACAAGGGACAUCCGGUUUAGCUCUCGGACAAGUCGAAAUAAAAAUGGACUGCAACAAGACCGAGGACAGCUGCAUACUGCAACCGAAGCCCGUCACAUUCAAGACAACGGCUCAACCUGCCCGACUGGCCGCGGACGCCGAAUGCGCUGAAAACUCCAAGCGGUAUCAAUCGUGGGAGCUGGACGACUGGCUGCGGAAUUUUGAGAUGGGGCCCGGGUCUGAGGCUCCCGGGGUUGAGAACGCGCCUACGAAUGAUACUGGACCGUCCUUUACAUUGAAGAGUAUAGCAAACGCGGAUCAGCUCAAAUGCGCGCCCACCGGGAAAGAGAAUGGCACAUUUGUCGGCACUUGCAAGCCUGCCAGCGGUGAUUCUGGAACGACAGCCGAGUUCCAGUUCGAUCCAGACCUGGACAUGCUCACUGUGACUCAAACAUGGAACUGUGGCAGUUCAUCACCCUUCAACGCUACAGGGAUUGGCUAUGUUCAGGCUGGAUGUGAUCGCCACGGCAAGCAAUACACCUGCACGAUGGACUAUCCUGUCUGGAUUGGGGGAAAGCCAGCAUAG